GUGAACGAGUUGGAAUAAGUAGUAGGCAGAAACAAAAAUUCACGCACACAGCUGGGUCGAGAAGUUUUAUGUGUGUAGCUCAGGCCGAGGAAGUGCUGUCGAGUCAAAAAGUUGGACGCCUUCAACUUUUUGACAUUACACAUAGGAAGAAAGAUGAAAACCCUAUGACUCCUGAAGCUGCAGAAAUUAUGGAAAAACUGAAGGACAAAAAGGCGGAGUACGAAGCGAUUGCUUCAAGUGAUAGUUCUGUUCAUAUUGACGACAUUGAUAACCGGAUUAUCACUGAAGUUUUGGGUCCUGAAAGGUAUGGUCGGGUUCGAUUUCAAGGAUCUUUUGUUAGUCCAUCCCAAUAUUUUGGAUCCAGCUCGCAACGAUACAUGCAUUCGGGGAGUCAGGCUCAAGCUGAAGUUCAGAGGUUAAGAGACCAGAUAUCUCAGAUGCAAGCGACAACAACUGAACAAAUUACACAACUUAAAGCGGAGGCGACAUCGAGAGAAGCUAAGGUUCAAAAAAGAUAUGAAGAACUCCAGCUACAACUUAAAGUAGAUGCGGCAAUGAGAGAAGCAGAGGCAGCAGCGAGAGAAGCUGAGGUUCAACGAAAGUAUGAAGAACUCCAGAAGACUUAA